GCUUUCAUGGUUUGUGUGCUUUGCAUUGGCUGGGUCAAGAAGAAAACCCUGAACUCUAAUGAGAAGAUCUUGCUGCUGCUGGGAUGCUCCAGGUUUUGCUCUUUGUGCAUCUCAUGGGCAUAUUCAUUUCUCUCAAGAAUUUAUCCAAAUUACCUUUAUGUUCAUACCGUACUUCAACUAGCUGUAUUUUUUCAAGCCUUUUUUAAUCAUUGCAAUUUGUGGUUUUCUGCCUGUCUUUGUGUUUUUUAUUGCAUAAAAAUAGCCAAUUUCAGGAACAGCUUCUUCAUCUACCUGAAAGUAAAAAUUGACAGAAUGGUGAUGUGGCUCUUGUUGGGGUCAGGGAUUUUAGCUUUGGCUAUUGGCAUCGUUGCCUACAACAUCGCUGAUAAACCGCACUGCAACAACCACAAUUCUACCAGACCGGGCAAUUUUGGGAAAGCAAAUAUCAAAAUGGAUAAACAUUUUUUCCCUUCUUUUUUUUUUGCUGGCUGUGGAUAUGCUGCUUCAUUCAUGGCAGUCAUCUUUUCUGCUGUUUUCCUUCUAUUUUCUCUCUGGAAACACAAGCGUAAGAUGCAGACAAACUCCAUGAAGGACCUCAGCAUGGAAGCCCACAUCAGAGCCAUGAAAUCUAUUCUCUCCUUCUUAGUGAUGUACAGCAUUAACUUUGUAUGUUUGGUCUUAGAAAUGGUUUAUGUCACACAGAAGAUCAGUCAUAUGACAUUCCUCAUUGUAGUAUUUCAGUUCAUUUUUCCAGGUCUUCACUCCCUUAUUCUGAUUUUCAGCAAUCCUAAACUGGAAAAGGCACUGCUAAGGAUUCUUUCCUUAGAAAGAAGUCUGAGGCACAAGGUUUGCAUGAGUUAG